UGUGGACUUGGGACAUGGGACAAAGUUGAGGGUAGGGAAUCAAAAGGACAAACUUCUCAAAGAAAGACACACACAAACACACCAGAAAAUCCUGGUGCUCUGAGGGAAAUACUGUAUGUGGAAAGUUUGACCAGGAGAAGAGGAUCAUGUAAAAGUAUCAAACACUAUUAUUGCAACAAAUCCAUCAAAAACAUUUUAAUUGAAAUAUUGCAAAAUAUACGUCAGAAGUUCCCACACAGACAGCAGGAUCAGGUGAUAACCUUUCAGUGACUGGGGGCAAUGACAUGGAAUAACAUCACAGAUGCACCUCAAGUCUAACUAAUUCCAGCUAAAACAUUCUACAAUUGGAAUAAUCAUGGCAAGCAGCAAGACAAGCAGUAAAGUGGUUAAUCGCACCAGUGGCCUGGCAUCUCAUAGUAAUCUUGCUCCCACAGAGAAUGGGCCUGACAAACACAACAAGUGUAAUUCAGAAGAUAUACUACAAUGGUCAAAGCAUGUAGAGCAGAUAAAAGCAGAGGUCAUUGAACAAGUACAAGCUCAGAUGAGUGAGGUGUUGGACAAAGUGCUUACAGACUCACUGCAGUCGUUCUCCCAAAGUGCACAUUCCAGUGCAGUUGAGAAUACACAGCAACAGACUGAUGAAAAAGCUAAGAGGCAUAGGAUGCAGGAUGGAAAAGUUUUUGUGGCCAGACAGUCCAUACUUGAUGAUCUGUUUGAGAUCAGUCACAUCCGGACCAUUUAUCACAUGUUUGUUGCUGCUCUCUUCCUCUUCAUCAUCAGCACAUUGGCAGUGGACUACAUUGACCAGGGCAGGUUGGUUUUAGAUUUUGACUUGUUCUUCUAUGCCUUUGGUCAGCUGGGUACUGUCAUUUGGGCAUGGUUUAUCAUGUUCUGUUACACCCUACUUGGACCGUACCAUAUUUUGAAGCAGUGGAGGGAACUGCACAGUAACUACCAGUGGAAAAUGACAAUAUCAAUAGCAACAGCUAUUGUGCUGUUGGCAGCUGAAAUGAGUGUGCUGGGGUACUUUCCCGUGUAUGUUGUUCUGCACUACCAGUUGCCCACAGCAUCACGGUUCAUCGUCAUACUAGAACAGAUACGAUUCCUGAUGAAGAGCUACUCCUUUAUUCGGGAGAUGGUGGUGGCAGUCCACAGAGCCAAAUCAAAGAAAGAUGAUGUUGCCAGAUUCCCUUCUCUUUACAGCUAUCUUUACUUCCUUUUUUGCCCAACUCUGAUCUACAGAGAGACAUAUCCACGAAACCCUUAUAUCAGAUGGAACUAUGUGAGGAGGAACUUUUCAAUGGUUUUGGGAAGUCUGUUUUAUCUCUACUUUAUCCUGGUACGUCUUUGUAUCCCUGUGUACAUGAAUAAGAGCAAUCAGCCAUUCAGCCGACGCACUAUGGUUCUGGCUGUGUUUCACUCGACCUUACCAGGAAUGCUGAUGCUCCUACUGGGCUUUUUUGCUUUUCUGCACUGUUGGCUCAAUGCCUUUGCUGAGAUGCUACGCUUUGCUGAUCGGAUGUUUUACAAAGACUGGUGGAACUCCACCUCCUUUGCUAACUACUACCGCACCUGGAACAUUGUGGUGCAUGACUGGCUCUAUUAUUAUGCCUACCAGGACUUCAUCUGGCUUUUGGGCCAUCGUCUGCGUUCAGUAGCCACACUGUCUGUGUUUGCAGUUUCAGCUUUUGUCCAUGAAUAUGCUUUUACCAUGGGCUUUGGCUUUUUCUACCCUGUGAUGUUCUGUCUGUUUGCAAUUAUUGGAGUGGUCUUCAACUUCACCCUCAAUGACAAGCGCAAGAGCCCUGUGUGGAAUAUUAUUAUGUGGACGUGUCUGUUCAUUGGCCAAGGUGUUCAGGUGUGCCUAUACUGCCUAGAAUGGAACGCUCAGGUUCAGUGCCCACGUACUGGGACAGGGUUCUGGGAGCUGGUGACCCCAAGAUCCUGGACAUGUAAUUAUACAGGAUAACAUCUAAUGUUGUCUAAUGCUGCCGUGGUCUAAUCCUACAGUGUUAUUGUAACAAAAGUAUAUAAAGCCAAGCAUUAUCAUCAUCCUCAUCAUCAUCAUCACCCAUCACCCAUCACCACCUCAUCAACCAACACUAUAUGGUGCUAUAAGGUUUUUGGACACCGGACCAUCACACCCAUAUAUGGGCUUUUCCUGUUGGAAACACAUAACUGUACAGGAUACCAUUGUAUUCUGUAGUACCAUUUCCCUUCACUGGAACCAAGAGGCCCAAACCUGUUUCAGCCUGCACAGAGCAUCACUGUACAUCUAUGGGAUGAUCAAAUGCUUACUGGGCCCCAGGCCUCCUUACCCAACAUUAGUGCCUGGCCUCACUUAUACUCCCAAGCAGAGAGUGUGUUAUUAUAACAGCAAAGGUGGUACUAAGCAUAUAUGAAUGCAGUGAUCAGGUGUUUACAAAUUUGGUCAUAUAAUGUAUUUAUUAACCUGCUACUCAAUUCAUGUUGUGUACAUAAUCAAGAUUGAAAACCAGGCCCAGCAUGUUCAAGUAUGACCAUUCAAUGUCUUCAAGAACUUUUUUAUGACUAAUAAAAAGAAGCACUACAUACAUAGCUGUCAGUUUAAUCAGCGUGUCUCUUAAUUCUUCACCUUCUGCUACCCAUUUUGAUUACUGAUAUCAACUCCUGAAUUAUUGUAUCUACAUCUUUAAUGAGUUUGAUAUAUGAGGAGUAUAUGACUUAUGCUUAUGUUUGUAUUUGUUUAAUUGUAUGCACUUUGUGGCUGUACUACACAUAAUAAAAUGCCUAAUUAAU